GGAGGAGAGCGCUGAGAUGAUGAUGAUGAUGAUGAGGGUGAGGAUGAGGAUGAUGAUGAUGGGCGUGUGAGCCGCGCGCCAGGAGCAGUCCACACCGGGCACCAAUGCUUAGACGCUCAUGGGGUCAGAGCGGGUGGAGAUGGGGAAACGUCCACAGCAGGACACUCGGAACGCCGGCCACACAAGGAUCGCCCCUUCCAACGCACACAUGCUGGACAGCGUGAACACACACACUCUGGGUUGGCUGAAUGCACCCCCCAACGCCUGCUGCUUCUGCUGGUGCUGCUGCUGCAGCUGCUCCUGUCUUACAGCACGUCCUUCCAAGGAUGAAAGGAUUCCGGAGAGGAUCUGUGAAAAACAAACUGAGGCUGAGGUUGAGGAACUACGUGGUCCCACGCUGGAAGACGUGCGUUUGUGGUCGCAGUCAUUUGAACAGUUGAUUAAGAGCCCUCACGGCCGCGCUAACUUCCGGCAGUUUCUGAAGACGGAGUUCAGUGAGGAGAACCUGCUGUUCUGGCUGGCCUGUGAGGAGCUAAAGAAAGAGACCAACCGAACUGUGGUGGAGCAGACUGUUAAGCAAAUAUACGAGGACUACGUCUCUAUACUAUCACCCAGAGAGGUGAGUCUGGACUCUCGUGUGCGGGACGUGAUCAACAAGAACAUGCUGGAGCCGACCUCACACACCUUCGAUGACGCGCAGCAUCAAAUAUACACACUCAUGCAGCGAGACUCCUACCCACGAUUCAUCAACUCCAACGUAUACGCAGAUCUUAUGAAAAGUUUGGAAGAACCUCAAACACCCAACGAGUCCUAACACACACACACACACCCACACAC